CCUUCGAUAACUGUCAUGGGAUUCGAUACCGAUACAUAUUUCCAAAUCCACUCUGACUUAGCUUUUGAAAAUUCAAGUCAUUCUAUCUCCUGCCUUUUCUAACGAGACCCUUCAACCAAAAUGCGCCUAUUCAAGGAAGAAAUCGCCCUUUUUCACCAAAAGUCCCUGGCAAAAUAUGAGGGCUUGGAUGAAGCCGACUUGUAUGUUAUGUACAAGAAGUUGCAAAUGGAGUUGGAGCUUAUCCAAGUUCAGGAGGACUACAUCAAGGAAGAGCAGCGCAACUUAAAAAAAGAAUUCAUUCAUGCUCAGGAGGAGGUGAAGCGCAUUAAGGCCGUUCCCCUGGUCAUCGGGCAAUUCUUAGAGGCGGUCGAUGAGAACAACGGAAUUGUGGCGUCCACCACGGGUUCCAAUUACUACGUCCGUGUACUUUCUACUAUCGACAGGGAGCAGCUAAAGCCUUCGUCUUCGGUGGCCCUGCAUAAGCAGAGCAACUGUUUGGUAGAUUUGGUGCCUCCGGAGGCGGAUAGCACUAUAUCCAUGCUGACUCCGGAAGAGAGACCUGAUGUCCACUAUUCAGAUAUUGGGGGACUGGAUGUUCAGAAACAGGAGAUACGCGAAGCUGUGGAGCUGCCCCUUACGCAUGCGCAGUUGUAUAAGCAGAUUGGCAUCGAUCCUCCCCGAGGAGUCCUUCUCUUUGGUCCUCCUGGAUGUGGGAAAACAAUGUUGGCGAAAGCCGUAGCUCAUCACACCACUGCUUCUUUUAUUCGUGUAGUGGGUUCUGAGUUCGUCCAGAAGUACUUGGGCGAGGGUCCUCGCAUGGUCCGCGAUCUAUUCCGUCUGGCCAAGCAGAAUGCGCCAUCCGUUAUUUUCAUUGAUGAAAUUGAUGCCAUUGCUACCAAACGUUUUGAUGCGCAAACCGGAGCCGAUCGGGAAGUACAGCGCAUUUUGCUGGAGCUCCUCAACCAGAUGGAUGGUUUCGACGAAACAACCAAUAUCAAGGUAAUCAUGGCCACCAAUCGCGCUGAUACCUUGGAUCCAGCUCUUUUGCGUCCCGGCCGUCUUGACCGAAAAAUAGAGUUUCCACUGCCGGAUCGUCGCCAAAAGCGCCUUGUUUUCUCAACAAUCACAUCAAAGAUGAAUCUUAGCGAGGACGUGGAUCUGGAGGAUAUUGUAGCACGUCCGGACAAGAUCUCAAAUGCAGAUAUUAAUGCCAUUUGUCAGGAGGCUGGAAUGCACGCUGUGCGCGAGAAUCGCUACGUUGUCAACUUUAAAGACUUUGAAAAGGGCUACAAGACCAGCGUGCGCAAGGAUGAGACCCAGCACGAGUUUUACAAUUAGUGUGGGUUUUAAAUUACUCUUGGGGGUAUGCUGCUGAAUUAAAUAAUAUAUGUUACUAUUCCAAUGAAAA